AUGCCCAUUUUCCUUUGCCGUUGUGGCCACCGCUUUGGUCAUAUAGAUAUGCAAUUUUUGAUCGAACAACAUCUCGGUCAAGCUGCCUCUGCCUCCCAAACCAUGGACUCCCAAAUGGGCGAUGCUCAACAGGAAAUUCCCUCCAUUCCCACCACCACGGUUACACCUGCUGCCGCUAGUGCAACCGCGACCACCAAGCCAUCCUCUGCUCUCCACUUCGAACACCACGAAGCACUCCCUGAGUUCAUGACCGCCAUCAUGGCUGAACUCAACCAACUCCGCGGCCGCAUGGAUCAGUACGACGAACUGAUCGUGGAAAACCAACGGUUGAAAAAAUCAUUGGCCGAUGCUGAGGCCAAAAUUGCCCAGCUGGAAACUCAGCACCCGUCUUCUACCUCGUCUGGUGCCAUGGCAUCCAAGUACAGUAUGCCCAUGACAAUUUCCCGUCCAUCACCACCACCGCUCCCUCCACCAUUGUGGAAACUUGGGCCCAGCGUGUUAAGCGCACCAUAA